UAACGCACACAUAGACAGACAAGAGGAAAACGAAACUUAAAGACACGGACAAAGUUAGCGAAAGAGAGUGACACAGAGUGAGCACAGAAGCUUGAAUUUUGUACAUAAACAAAGCGGACACCAGACUUCAGAGUUGUAAGUUUCAUUUCCAACAUUCUUUAUCUAUCUUUAAAAGAAAAAUGUUUUACAAUACAGGCCUACGAAGAUAGUUAGCUGAUUCUACUGAUCACUGCUACUUUCUAAACUUUACUUGUUGGUUUUGACAUCGUAAUGAACAUAAGUUAUUUGAUGACAUCAUAAUAAAUGUUUACUUCCAAACACAAUAUUUCAUUUACUGACAUUUCACGGCUGUGCAUGUUCAAAGUUGAUUUCUGGUUUCUGGCUUGAAUGAGGAAGUUCAGAGUCUAAACAGUCAGUGAGGCACUCACACACUGUCUUAUCUAAAACAUUAAAUCAUUAGAAUGAGCAAAUCCAAAAGAAAUUACUACUCAACCUGCUGCAACGUUUCUUAAUGGUGGAAUGAAAUAGUUUUGCAUGUAGGCUAUAUGUCGGUACUUGACUGAGGAGUUUAUGAAUCACAGACUUGGUGAUAAAUGUCAACCAGUAGUUGUGCAGCAAUGUAUGUAGUCAUGUAGAUGGUUUCUGACCAAGUUGCUUUCAGGUUUCAAUUAUCUACCAUGUGUACCCACCUAAAUACACUGUUGAUAAAUGGAAUUUUAGCUUCUCAAACGACUGAAAGAUUAAACUUGGAAAUGAUAAUGAACCUUUAAGCUUAAAUUCUAAUGAUAGUUUUGCUGCUUAUCUAAAGUUUAAAAUGGUUUCUAAAUGUUGUAACAUUAAUAUUAUAAUUUUGUCUUUUUUCACAGUUAGAAAUGUUAGAAAUGAAUAUCAUUACACAGAUACAGGUGCCAGCCCCCCCAAGAGAAACACAUCCUAUAAUACAGUGUAUAAUUGACAACAAACUCAAGAAGCUCAGAAAAUUACUGAAGGACAACAACAUUAAUGCAUUUUACCCCUGCACAGAGUGUAAUGACCAUAUAACCCCACUGAUUGCUGCUGUUGUAAAUAACAACAGGGAUAUUUUUAAAGUCCUUUUGGAGCAGGGUGCAAAUCCAAACAUACCUUCUCAAUGUGGCUGGACACCUUUGCAUUAUGUCUCACUAUCCAAAGCACCACUUCUUUUUGUGGAGAAACUCCUUGAAGCAAAAGCCAGUCCAAAUGGAUGUAAUCUACAGCGAUUCACACCGCUGCAAACUGCUGCCAUCAAUGACAGGGAUGAUGUCUUGAAGCUGCUCAUAUCUGCUGGUGCACUGGUAACAUUGUUACCUCUCACUGAUCCUGAACAUAUUAUUCACAAUAAUAAAAUAUCUGAGAUGAUUAAUAACCUUGCAUCAAAAGGAAAUAAAUUAUGCUCCAAACUCAAACAUUUUGUGGAUAUGGCAAUUGCUGUGCCAGGGGAACCACCUGAAGAAGUGUUAAAAAAAUUUGAGAGUCACAUGCUGCUGGAGGAUCCUCAGACCCAUCUGACCAUGAUUGAAAUCCUCUUUAAUGUAACAGGGCAAAAUGCAGAAAAAUACCGCCAGGGAAGUAUUAAAUGGCUGAAAGACACUGGAAAUCUGAACACCUACAUUGCAGGUGCAGUCAGUCGCUUGCCAAAUAUUCCCCAGGAACGUGUAAAUCUGGCUAUUGUUAGUUUAUAUGCAGUUUUGUGUACUGUUGAAGAGAUACCACAUGAGCAAGCUUUGACUAUAAUCCCCCAACUCCUGGAAAAGCUUUGUUUAAAAAUGAGACCUGAUAUAUGGAAAGCAGUUCUGGAAACACUAUACGUGAUAACACAGAAAACAAAAGGCACAAAUGGCUGGGAUCCCAACUUUAUUGAGAAGUUAUGCAAAUCAGUUGCUCCUUUUGUCCAAGAAGAACACCUUAUUAACAUUAGAGUCUUAACGUACGGCAUAUUUGGAAACUUGCUCUCAUUUAAACAUGCAGUUAAAUUCUUUACAUCAGUGGGGAUAACUUCAGUGCCUGAAGAGAUACUGACAACUGCAGAUAUGAAGAUGAUAAAAGAUCUGAAAGAAGUCCUCAGACAGUUGAAAAAACAAUUCAGCACACCAGACUUCGGAUGUGGGGACAGUACGGCCUUACCUGGAUCCAAAAAAAAGAAAAAAAAGAAGAAAAAGAAGGAUAAAUCAGAAAAGCAAGACGACCCAACAGCAGCUCCCAUUGUGGAGUCAACUUCAAAUGUGAAGCCAUUCCACUUCAGCACCACUAUCUCAUCAACAACACGCAAAUGGCUGCAGAUCAGCAAGAGGUGGAGAGAAAAGUUAGAGAAGCUUGUUUGCACUGAUGAAAGUAAAGUAACCAGAAUUAGGAGCAUGAUUUAUGUGAAUGAUGCAGAAUUCCGCAUAGCAAAGGGAAGUGAUGGUACUGAAGUCUUCUUGGGGCUGAGAGAUGACGGCACUGAAGUUGCUAUUAAGAGAAUGUCUAAAUGCAACUAUCAGGAGCUGAAGAUUGAGGAGGGAUUUCUGCGACUUCCAGAGCUUGAUCAUCCAUCUAUUGUACGAUACGUUGACUUUGCAGAGGAUGAGAACUUUGGAUAUCUUGCUCUUCAACUCUGUGAAUACACGCUGGAAGAAUACAUCAGAAAUAAUGAUGAAAGUCUGCUGAGAAAUGAACUGAUCAAACAGGUCCUCGAAAGUUUAACGGUGCUUCAUUGUCAAAAUCCUCCAAUUCUCCACCGGGAUCUUAAACCGCAGAAUGUUUUGAUCGAUGUUACUGGAAGGGCAAGAUUAGCUGACUUCGGCAUAAGCAGACGAUUACUCAAAGGCCAAACAGCUUACCGCACAGGCAGCGCAGGAACAAAAUGCUGGAUGGCCAAGGAGACUUUAGCAGAUGAAGCUGUCAUACCAUACAAGCCAAACACUGAUGUUCAGGUGGCAGGGAUGCUGCUUUACUAUAUCCUCUCUGGAGGACACCAUCCUUUCGGCGACCAGUCCUAUAAAUGUGAGAGCAACAUUCAUGAAGGGAACUACACUUUGGACCAUGUUCCAGACAUGGUGGCAAAGGAUCUCAUUGAGCGGAUGAUCAAUAAAGAACCAAAGAAAAGACCCAAAGUGAAAGAAUGCUUGAGUCAUCCCUUCUUCUGGACCACUGAGAGGAGAGUUGAAUACUUGAGGAGGAUUGGCAACAGGGAGGAUGUAAAAAAGUGUCGAAAUGCUGACAAGGAAGUGAUUGAUUCAUUGGAAAAAUGUGCCGGGGAAGGAUUCUUCAAACAGUGGAAAAAUAAGUUUCCACCAGAGUUGAUCCAGAAGAUGGAUGCCAAGAACAAAGCCUACCCUGACAACACGCUGGGAUUACUGCGCUUCAUUCGAAACCUCCAUGAGCACUAUGAGGAGGAUGCAGCCCAAGUUGAUGUGACGACAAUAUUUCCUGAUCUCUUUGGAUGUGUUUUCAAGUUUGCCAAGACCCAAGGGUGGAAUUCUGAGACACCCUUAAAGGAAAUGUUUCGAAGUGAAGAUGUCACUACCACCUCUGUUAUGCCGUCCACAAACCUUAAGGAGCAUCUGGGCGUCCCAGUACAAGAGUCUCAACCCAGUGACUUGAAGUGAAGUAGGAUUCUAAAAAGACUAUAGACAGAACUUCUUGCUGUGAGGGGACAGUGCUGAAUCAAAAAGCAAUCAGAGAAAAGCAAAAUCAUGUGCACUUCCAAUGUAAGUCAUUAACAUGAACCAAAGCAAGACUCUAGCAACACUGGGCAAUGAGAUCAGACUAGAAAUCAUUAUUGCUAGACUAGGAAUAUUACAUUCAACAAGGUUUUGCACAUGUGGCUGUUUGCAGACCCUAAAAUUACAUUUUCCUCUGCCAUUAUUGUUUUCUUGUAUUGAAUUAUGUUAUUGCCAUUAUGAGAUAAUCUUUUAUCUUCCACUAAAAAGAUAUUUUUGUGAAGGGGAAAGAAAUUACAUGAGCUUUUUAUACUCACAGAGGUACUACGAUUUCAGUCCUAAAAUGUCCUAAAUGGGAAAUUUUGAAAUUUAAUUUGAGCUGUAUGAAUCUGUAGAUGUUUCUAUGAAUUUAAUAUUCCUGUGCUAAUUGCUUUACACCCCGAAAGUAUAUGCCAAGACUUAAGAAAAAUGUACCUCACUGGUUUUCUUUUAUUUUCAUUUAGGGCAACUGAGGGUGUAAACAGGUGAGGUUGCCACUUGUCUCAUGUACUCUCACCCUGUGGUAAUGUACAGUAUGAUGCCUUAUCAGCACCGGGGUUCUUGCUCUGAUGGGCCCACAGUGCCUCCCUCUGGCUGUAUAUAACGUAUCACACCCAUUUGUUUUUUCCAUACAGGGAAUGUUUGUCAUACAAUUGUCUGAACUGAUUUUGGCAAAUUCUUUUUAGAUAAACUUAACAAACUCUAAAGUCUAAAAGUAAAUCUACUCAUUAAGUGAAUGAUAUUGCAAAUAAAAAAGAACAUAAUGACAUAUGCAAGCUUUACAACAUGUAGAUUCUUUUGUAUAGUUUUCUUUUUAAGCAUGUUGAAUGUUACUCCAAUAUAUAUUGUAUAUCAGUUGAGUAUCAAAAUAAAUGUGUAAAAUUAUGA